AUGGCUACUGGAGGCAGGGUCAGCUCGGUGAGGUCACAGUGUCAAUGUGACGUUCUUACUAUGUCAUCCAGAACCCAGCGCUACUACCGGAAAAAAGCGGAGCAGGCUAUCGAAGGCGUCCUUGAAUCCAUUGCCCCUGGCAACGCCUCCUGGCUCUACCACCAAGUCAUGCAACGGCGGAUUCAUUUACAAGCGUCCGAGGGUAUAGUCGAAGACACGCUGGUUGCCAGACUGGUGAUUCUGUAUGAGGAAGCCGCCUAUUGGUACACGAGACAGCAGAUCCUGUCGCUUUUCGUGAGCGACUACUCGAAGAGCGAGCUAUUGGCUUUGAUUCCGGGUCUCUCAAAAUGGAGAAUCGACGAGGCAAGGAAGCACGCUUUCCAAACUAAGCCAGGAAAACCCAUUGACCCACCAAGGAUCACCAGAUGCCGUUUGGAUGCUGUGAAAGUUGACCACUUUCUUGACUUCUUGUCCAGUCCAUCAAUUCUCUAA